AUGGCCACACAGGGAGAGGAGACGCCUUCGUCUCCGCCACCGGCUUCUGCUGCUCCGGCGACCACUACUACUCCCGCUACCGCCGCUCCGGCAGCGACCAUUGAUCAAGAGGCCGAGAACCCGGCGACUGGCAUCAUUGCCCCGGAUGACAGUGAGGUAGAUUCGGCCAUCAACGUCUCCAUUCGCGACUCGCUCACCUCCAUUCGAUCCUCUCUGCUGGAAUUCGAAGACGAAAACGGUCGUCUGUAUCAUUCCCACUCUCGCGGAAAAUACUACUUCCCCCACGAUAAUGUCGAGCAAGAUCGAUUGGAUCUGCAACACGAGCUCUUUUUGAGAACCCUCAGAGGACAGCUUUGCACCUGCCCGAAAGUCUCCGGAGCUAAGAGGGUCCUUGACUUGGGAACUGGUACCGGCAUUUGGGCCCUUGAGUAUGCUGAGGAGAACCCUGAAUCCGAGGUUAUCGGAGUCGACCUAAGCCCAGUACAGCCUGAUUUCAUGCCCCCCAACUGCUCCUUCGAAAUCGACGAUAUCGAGAAGCCCUGGACAUGGUCCAAGCAGUUCGACUUCAUCUUCUCAAGGACGCUCGGCGGCAGCAUCCUCGACCCGGUAAAACUCGUCGACAGCAUCUACAAGUGA